AUGCUACAUCGUGCAUCCAUCAGACACCCCGUUGCCCUCUCGGCGCUGGACGCACAGCUGGAAAUUGCCGGGCCAAACGGCAGGCGGGAGUUGCCGAUCGGCGAGUUUUUCGCCGGACCGGGACGCGACCUGCUCCGCGAGAACGUUCUGGAGCCGGGCGAACUGAUUACCCGCAUCAGCCUGUCCGCCGACGCCCCGGAGCGCAGCGUGUACCUGAAGGUGCGGGAGCGGGAGUCGGGCGACUUCGCCCUAGUCAGUGUGGCCACGGCCCUCACGCUGGACGGCGACGGCACAAUCAGCAAGGCCCGCGUCGCGCUCGGCGGCGUCGCUCCCGUCCCCUAUCGCGCUGUCGAGGUGGAGGCGUAUCUCGUAGGUCGCCGCGCAAACGAUGUGGAUCCCAGCGAAGCCGCCGCCCUCGCCCUGCCCAACGCCACGCCGCUGCCGCAGAAUGGGUAUAAAAUUAGGAUGGCCAACAACAUCGUCAGGCGCGUUCUUAGCCAGCUCCUGGAUCAUGAGUAG